GACGGCUCCCUGCUGGCCUCGCCCUUCCUCAAGGGCUUCCUGGCGGGCUACCUGGUAGCCAAACUGCGCUUCUCGGCCGUCCUGGGAUUCCCUGCACCGGGAUAUACGCUGCUCAGAACUACGCCGUCCCCGACGUGGAAAAGACAGUUCUUUCCCGCCGGAACAGGCACCGCAUCAUUGCGAGACGUCAGCGGGUCCGGUUAUGGGCAGCUCGCCCUUGCUGGCUACUGCCUGAAAACGGUGAUGUUUGGUAACGCUGCUGGCUCUGCAAACCGGGCGCUCCGGAGGGGGCUGUGGGGACUGAUGUUGGUCGUGUCUGUAGCCAUUUAUGGCUCCCAUGCUCCCCUCCUGACCCUGUGCAAGGUGGAUGGGACGAUCCCCUUCAGCUCCGCGUCCGUCGUCGUUCUUGUCGAGCUGACAAAACUGAUAUUCUCCCUCCUGGUCCUGCUGACCUGGGACUGGGAUCUGCUGGGAGUCACCGUGUCGUGGCGCCACGUUGCCCCGUUCGCCCUCUCCGCCUUGCUCUACGCUGCCAACAACAACCUGGUGGUUCACAUGCAGCUCUUCAUGGACCCCAGCACCUACCAGGUCUUGAGUAACUUAAAGAUUGUCAGCACCGCGCUCCUCUACAGCCUCUUCCUUCGCCAAAGGCUCGGCACCGUUUUCCUGCUGGUGGCUGCCGGGGUGAGCUAUAGCUGUGGUGGCCUGCAGGACCCUGGCAGCGCCUCCGAGAUGCAGCUGCACAUCACGCCGGUGGGCUUGUUGCUGAUCUCAGUGUACUGCCUGAUAUCAGGCUUGUCUGCUGUCUACACGGAAGCCAUCCUGAAAACGCAGGCACUGCCUCUCAGCCUUCAGAACUUCUUCCUUUACUUCUUCGGGGUCCUGCUCAACUUGAUCGGCUACUUCUGGAGCAGCGCAGAGGGCAGCUUCUUGGAGGGCUUUUCCUCCUGGGUUCUGGUGAUAGUGGUCAGCCAGGCCUUGAACGGCUUGAUCAUGUCCGUGGUCAUGAAGCACAGCAGUAACAUCACCAGGCUCUUCGUGAUCUCCUGCUCUAUCCUGGUCAACGCCCUCCUGUCUGUCACCCUCUUCAACUUGCAGCUCACCCUCCUCUUCUUCGUUGCCGCCUCGUGCAUCGGCCUCGCUGUUCACUUGUACUAUGGGGUCACGUAG